AUUUUUAUCAGUGUAUAUAUUAUGGAGUUGUCCAUUCCCAAGAUAAACUUGUUUGGGGAAAGAGUUGAAGAGUUGAAGAGUAUUAUGAAGGAAGAAAAAAUGAUACAAUACGAGAAAAGAAGAGAAGACAAGAGAAGAGAGCAAUGGAAGGAGGAGGACGAACGGUGGAAGAGAUUUACGAGGAUUUCAAGGGUCGAAGAGCUGCCAUCAUCAAAGCCCUCACAACCGAUGUUCAGGAUUUCUACAACCAAUGCGAUCCUGAGAAGGAGAAUUUAUGCUUAUAUGGAUUACCUAGUGGGCAAUGGGAAGUAAAUUUGCCUGUUGAAGAAGUUCCACCAGAACUUCCUGAGCCUGUGCUGGGCAUUAACUUUGCUAGGGAUGGCAUGCAAGAAAAGGACUGGUUAUCUUUAGUUGCUGUCCAUAGCGAUACAUGGCUGGUUGCUCUUGCCUUCUAUUUUGGAGCCAGAUUUGGGUUUGAUAGAGCUGACAGGAAACGACUAUUUAAUCUGAUCAAUGAACUACCGACAAUAUUUGAAGUUGUUACCGGUUCAGCAAAAAAACAAGCUAAAGAGAAGUCCUCAGUCUCAAACAACAGCGGCAGCAAAUCUAAGUCCAGCUCCAAAGCGCGGGCUUCUGAGUCGCAGGGUAGACAGUCAAAGGCAUUCCAACCAAAGGAUGAGGAUGAAGGAGCAGAAGAGCAAGAUGAUGAAGAACAUGGAGAAGCCUUUUGUGGGGCAUGCGGCGAGAGUACCGGUACCGAUGAGUUCUGGAUUUGCUGCGACAUCUGCGAGAAGUGGUUCCAUGGUAAAUGCGUGAAGAUUACCCCUGCUAGGGCAGAACAUAUGAAGCAAUACAAGUGUCCAUCAUGCAGUGGUAACAAGAGAGCUCGCUGAGCAAUUUCACAGCAUUGAAUGGAGAAGCUUUGUUGGAGUCAUAACUGAUCUGGUUCAUGUUUUUAUUUUUUUUUAUUUUAUUUUUAACUAUCUACAGUUAUUGGAUAGUCUCCCCCCCCCCCCCCCCCCCCCAAAUUCUCCCCCCUCUUUUUUUUUUGACACAUGUAGGCUUAUUUUGUAGACUACUGUAGGAUUUAUGGUGUGUCGGUUCCUGCAAGUCAUUUGAUACCCUGGGUUUAUUUCCCUGUAGUUGAAGCAUUGUUGACCAGGGAAGACCGAGUCUUUUUCCAAUACGAUUGGCAUUGGAACCGAACCAUAAUGUUCUGACCAGCUAGAUCUUAUGUUAAGACUGCGCCUUUUGACAAGGUACUUCCCUAAAUGAAUGGGGUGAUAUCCUACCAUCUUAAA